UAGUAAACCUUCACCUUGGCUUUAUUUUCCUUGUCAACAAUGAUUAUAGAGUUCGCCCAGCCUUUUCCUUUUUAGCUAUCCGGUUAAUUUAAACAUAUACUUUGGCCUAACGUUAUGAGCUAUAUCUUCACAGGUAAGAGCCAGAAUCCAAACAGACUCAGUCUAGCUUUCCAACAUGUCAAAUGUUCGGGAGUUUGAUUAUAUCGUCGUGGGGUGUGGCGGGAUCGGGAGCGCCACCGCCUACUGGUUGUCAAAGAGAGCGGGAAAAAGAGUGCUUGGACUUGAGCAAUUCAAAUUGGGGCAUGACAAUGGAGGAUCACAAGAUAACUCGAGGAUUAUUCGUCUUUCAUACAACGCCUGUGAGUACAUCCCUUUGGCAAGGGGCACCUACGAGGCGUGGGGAGAAGCCGAGAUGGACUCCGGGGUUCAGCUUGUUUACAAGACUGGUGGGCUAGAUAUCGCCAAAAAGGGCACCCCUGGAUACGCCAUCUUGGAAAAAUUUGCUUCAUCAAUGAAGGAACAAAAUGUCGACUUUGAGAGAUACGAAGGAGAAAGCAUCAGGAAGAAGUUCCCCCAGUUCGCCGCCACACCCCAAUGGACCUGUCUCUAUCAGAAAGAAUCUGGGUUAGUAGAUGCUGCUAUGGGCAACGCCGUUCAUAUUCAACUAGCCCGAAAGAAUAGGGCAACUAUCAUUGAAAACGCUGCCGUACUAAGCAUCACCAAACAAGGCACCCUGACCAAGGUUUCCACUAGUCAAGGUGAUUUUCUGUGCAGGAAAGUGAUAGUAACAGCCGGUGCAUGGAUGAAUGAUAUUCUUUCUUCCGUUGGAGUUAAAAUACCACUAACAGUCACCCAAGAACAGGUCACCUACUUUGGUACUCCUCACAUGAAAGAAUUCACAAAAGAAAGGUGUCCAAUAUUCAUCCUGCAUACUGGUCAGAAAGGAGAACCUUAUUUUCUUCCGUUGCAUGGAAACACCGGUUUCAAAAUUGGGUUGGAUGUCGGCGGACCGGUAGUCACUGCUCAGUCAAGGAACUUUAUACCCGAUCAGAAACGACAAGAGAUGGAGAGGAACUAUGUCGCCGAACUAUGUCCCAGGGCUGUUGGACCGAUUCUCUAUACUAAGACCUGUUUGUAUACGCUGACACCUGAUAGAAACUUUGUGAUAGACAACUGCAAAAAAGUUGGUCACCCAGAUGUCAUCUUCUGCUGCGGAGCUGGUCAUGCGUACAAAUUUUCGGCCGUUCUUGGCAAGAUUCUUAGUCAGCUUGCAAUCGAUGGGAGAACGACGUUUGAUAUCUCUUGUUUCAACAUGGAUCGUACAGCCAUCAGUGAUCCCAACUAUCCAGUCAGUUUCCAGCUAGGUGUGGAUGUCGGGGACAACGUCGCUUCGAAGCUCUGAAGAACUUUAGAAAUGGCACAGGACAGAAUGACUCUUGACUGGAAUGUUCUUAGGCAGUGCCGUACCUUGGAUUUUCCACAGGGUGGGGGGGGGGGGCAAAUUCGUCCGCCAAAAAAUUUGACAAGCAAAAAAAAAAAAAAAAAAAAAAAAAGGGUCUUCAAGACUCGUCAGGGGGGCAGGGAUACGACCCUUGCAUGGGUUGUGACUCGUCAGGGGGGCAGUCUGCCCCCUCUGCCCCCCCGUAGGUACGCUAGUGUUCUUAGGCCUACUCUGUGAUACAUUCACACCCAUGAAACCGACUCCAGACCGAUCAAAGCUAUCACGUUAUUUCCAAUGACAUACUAUCUAUCGGUCGGUUUGGGGUAGUUUCGUUAUUGUGGCUGCAAUAUCAUUGAUUGACCCCCAAGCCAAGAUAUAGGCCUACAUUUUAUGGUAACCUGAAAGGGUCAAUUAAAUCUAAGUCAAGGCUUUGAAUUCUAUGUAAUUCUUCUCACAAAUAGACCUAUUGCAGCCAAAAACGAAUCUGGUAAAUGGAAAAUAAAAUUAUUGAUAUAUCAGACCGUUAUAUACAUGUAGGAAAUUCAAGUUCAAUUCCACCUUAUUUCAUUUUAUUUGUCUACUAUAAACGAAACAUAUAUAGAAAUAUUUCCUCGACUGACUGUAACGUAAUUAACAUAUACAUCGCAAACGUGGCUAUGAAUAACAUAAAUCGGUUGUCAAUAAAACAAAGACAAAGACGGGGAAGAAUACGGAGACGAUGACGACGACGAAGAAGAAGAAGAAGAAAGUGAAUAAUAACGAAAUAAUAUAAUUAGGUUCAUAAGGUAGUAGUUAUUGUCCAAAUAAAUAAAUAAAUGGAAUUUUGCAGUUUAACAUGGUAUUGAAUAUAUAAAACAUAACAGAGAAAAUUAACAUAUUUACAAAACGUCAAACACUCACAUAAUAUAUAUAUAUACGAAUGUACACGUGUAUAAGAUUUAGAACGUUUUGUGUAAUUAAAUUGACAUUAAGAUUAAGAUCAAAAUCGGAAUUGGCAUAGGAAUAAGAACUGUAACUGAUAUUGUAAAUUGAUUUGGAAUUGAAAUUAAAGUCAGUACUUUAAAAUAAAUAAAUAUUUUUUCACUGC